AGAGUUUUUAAGAAAAGCAGUCCAAAUGGAAAGAUUACGACAUACCUAGGAAAGAGAGAUUUUGUUGAUCAUCUUACUCACACAGAUCCCAUAGGCAAAGAUGGAGUUGUUCUAGUGGAUCCAGAAUAUCUGAAAGAUAGGAAAGUGUUCGUUCAUGUAUUGGCAGCUUUCCGAUAUGGACGAGAAGAUUUGGAUGUAUUGGGUCUUACUUUCCGUAAAGACCUGUAUCUAUCUACAAUGCAGGUUUUUCCACAAGUUAAAGAACAACAGAAACCAUUAACAAGACUUCAAGAAAGGCUGAUUAAAAAACUUGGACCAAAUGCUUACCCAUUUUAUUUUGAAAUGCCGGCUAAUGCCCCAGCCUCUGUAACCUUACAACCAGCUCCAGGAGAUACAGGGAAACCUUGUGGUGUUGAUUACGAGUUAAAAACAUUUGUAGCAGAUAAUGUUGAUGAGAAACCACACAAGAGAAACUCCGUCCGGCUGGCGAUUCGUAAACUUACUUAUGCUCCAGAAGAACCUGCACCUCAGCCCAGUGCUGAAAAUGUCAAAGAUUUCAUGAUGAGUCCUGGUAAUAUUCGAUUAGAAGCUUCACUGGACAAAGAGAAAUAUUACCAUGGUGAAAGUUUGAAUGUUAAUGUUCUCGUUGAUAAUAAUACCAAUAAAACAGUCAAGAAAAUCAAAAUCUCAGUUCGCCAGUUUGCUGAUAUAUGUCUGUUUUCCACGGCACAAUAUAAAUGUACUGUAGCAGAAUUGGAAACUGAAGAAGGAUUCCCCAUUCAACCUAGUCAAACAGGAUUUUGUAAGGUUUAUCAUUUGACACCAUUAUUGGCUAAUAAUAGAGAUAAGAGAGGUCUAGCUCUGGAUGGCAAACUCAAACAUGAGGAUACAAAUCUAGCUUCCUCAACAAUUAUGACAGACAGUAGUCAAAAAGAAAGUCUAGGUAUUGUUGUCUCAUAUAGAGUUAAAAUCAAGCUUAUUCUUGGAUUUGGCUCAGGUGAUCUAUCAGUAGAGUUACCAUUUACUCUAACUCAUCCUAAACCACCAGAGUCUCCAGCACCAUCAAGAGCACCUAGUAUAGCACCAGCAGAAGACGGUGAAGCGCCAGUUGAUACAAACUUGAUACAACUAGAUACCAAUGGUGAAGCAUUCUAUGGAGAUAAAGAUGAUGAUUUUAUAUUUGAAGAUUUUGCUCGUCUUCGCUUGAAAGGUCAUGAUGGUGAUGAUACUGAGGCAUAA